AUGCUUGCAAGCACUUCAAUUUACGACCUAGAACGUAGGUCUCAUUCCAAUGAUGACACGGAUAUUAGUAAUGUAGAGGGGGAGAGAUGUAAAGUAUGUGAUUCAACGGCUAAUGGAGUUCACUUUGGCAUUUUGGCUUGUAGGGCUUGUGAGUUUUUGUGUUUUUUUUAAAUUUCAAAGUUAUUUAAAAAAUUUUUAAUUUUUGAAAAUUUCUUAGAAACUUCGAAAUUUUUUUUUAGUUUUAAAAUUUAAAAUUUUUAAUUAUUUAAAUUUUUUUAGGCAGUGCAUUUUUUCGUCGCUCAGUAGCUGAGGAUCGACGAUAUAAGUGUUUACACGACAAAAAAUGUGACAUUUCUUCAGGUAAAACUAUUUUCAUGUUAAUAUUGGCAGUCCUUAGCUUGUAUUAACAUUUUUUUCAAAUUGAUAAGUAAGAAAUAUUUUUUUUUAUUUUUUAAAUUGCGUUUUCAGAUAUUCGAAACUCAUGUAGAAGUUGUCGUUUUGCGAAAUGUUUGGCCGUUGGAAUGAAAACUUACAGUAAGUUUUUUGAACUUUUUUGAUUUUUUUAAGUUUAGGUAACAAUUAAAGCAUAUUUUACAUCACUUUUUAAUUAAGAGGCACAUAAUUAUUUGAACAACCUAAUAAGAUAAACUGCAUUACUAAAUUAUUACAAUCUUUAGAAGUUCAAAAGCCUCGAGACAAGAACCGUCAAACCGCCACCCUCACCCCCUCUCCAACAUCCCAAACCCCAGAUGAACCUCAAGAGCAAAAAGUCAUUGAACGGCUACAAGAUGGCUACAAACAGUACACAAUAGCCUUUGGCGCAGUUUUUGCAUCAGUUUACCCAGAGCUCAUAUUUACCGACCACAAAGACAUGGUAAUGUUGACAAUGGACGAGCGACUAAAGAUAGAUAUGGCCACAUUGCCCAGUAUAUACAUGAUGUUAAGAGACUACUUCUUGCCGUAUGUGGAGAUUGAUAAGAGUGUCAAGUUUGAUUUUAUCAUGGUUUUUAUGCAACGAUUCGUACAGUUUGAACGAGCCUACCUUACCUCAAUAUACUUUCCAAAUGACAACAAUGCCAUAGCCUUUUCGCGGUCGGAUUAUAUGACAUUUGACAAUCUGGAGCUGUUUUUUAAAAAUGAUCAUAAUCCCAAAGAGAGCAUGAAGUAAGAUUUUUUUACUUGAAAUUUUAAAAAAAUUAUAAAAUUUUUUUUUAAUUUGAAAAAAAUUGAAAAAGGUUUUAGCUUGGUCCUCCCCCCCCAUUCUGUCUUUUUAAAAAUUUUCAAAAGAUUUGAAUUUUCAGAACCUUCAAGCCAUAUGGAAUGCGUGUAUGUAAAUUAUCAAAGAAAUUUAGAAGACUACAAGUAGAUGAAUUUGAGUUUUUGUCGCUAGUCGGCAUUUUUAUAACGAGUGAAGGUAAGGCUUUUGCUUAUUUUUACCCUGCCCUACUCUACCUUACCGUAAAAAACACCCUAAUUUUUUUUGGUUUGUUUUUCCUUGCCCUAUCGUACCCUACCCGACCUUACUCAACCCUACCUUACCCUAUCUUACCGUGAUUCAUCCUAUCUUACCCGAUCGUACUCUAAUCUACCGUAACCUACUUUAUUCUCAACUAUAAAAAAAACUAUUUUUAGCCUACGACCGCCUACACUGUGAGAACGCCCUAGAAGAGCGUGAAAGAAUGUACAAAGAAUUAUACGAACAUUGUCGGCAAAAGUCUGUAGAAAACGCUGACAUUCGUUUUGGCCUAAUGUUGUUGAUGAUCCGGGAUGGUGAAGAGAUGUCAUUGAUCUUUAAAGAAUGCAUUUUUAUCGGGGUGCUAAUGGAUGACAUUUACAAAGCUACAAUCGACAAGCUUAGGGAGUUUGUUGAUAAAAUUAGAGCAUGA